CUACCUUGAAGGCACCUUCCACGGACACGCUCAUUAUUUAGCACAAUAAACAGAGACGACUCAUCCUAUCGAAGACAUCUACAUCAGAUUAGCACUAAUCAGCACUCGAGAUGGUCCGCACAAGGUCUCUUUUGCGCUUUGGCGUAAUUGCUUCGCUUAGUGCCAUAACCCACGCGACGUAUAGCAUUGAAGACACGUACGACACCAGCAGCUUCUUUGAUGGUUUCGACUUCUAUAGUGGCGCUGAUCCAACCAAUGGAUUUGUGCAAUACCACACUGCAGCACUUGCAAAUUCUUCUUCUCUUGCCGGGUAUGCGAACGGCGGUAUCUACUUAGGAGCGGAUUACGAGACGGUGAACCCAUCUUCACCUGGCCGAGGUUCAACCAGGGUUAAUUCUAAAAAGACAUACACCAAAGGCCUUUUUAUUGCUGAUAUUGCGCACAUGCCGACAACCUCAAAGAACGGGUGCGGGCUCUGGCCUGCCUUCUGGAUGUUUGGUGAGGAGGGUGGCUGGCCAAAUUCAGGUGAAAUCGACAUCAUCGAGGGAGUUAACUCAGUCACAUCGACGACCAUGACACUUCACACUAGCGCCGGUUGUUCCUUCAGCCAGGGCGACUGCAAUGCUGGCAACGGCAACACGGGCUGCCCCCAACCUACCAAUAACACGCAGACUUUCGGCUCCGGAUUCAACGCCAUAGGUGGUGGAGUAUACGCCGUCGAGUGGACCAGUGAAGCCAUCUCGAUUUGGUUUUUCCCACGCGCGGCCAUUCCGUCGGAUGUUACUUCUGGCAGCCCUGAUCCGACAAAUUGGGGCAUGGCCGCAAGUACCUUUUCCGGCUCAGGCUGCAACAUCGACGAUCACUUUCAAGAGCAUACCAUCGUCUUCAACGUCGACUUUUGCGGCGAUUGGGCGGGUAAGGUGUGGAGUACGGAUAAAACUUGCUCUGCGCUUGCCAGCACAUGCCAGGAAUACGUCGCUGCCAACGCUGGCGAUUUCCAGGAAGCGUACUGGCUUAUCAACUCUGUCAAGGUCUAUUCGCAAAAUACCUCGGCUAAGCGAGGUCUUGUGCCUCGACCCUUCAUGGCGUAAUCGAGUUGACGAUACGUAAUGAAGUUACAGUAUAUAAGUGGUUGAUGGAAGUGGAACAAGGCGUUUGUACAUUUAUAUUCAUGAGAAAGGCGAUACCCGAGGAGUAACAAAGGCGUUCAGGAUGUUAUUUCGAAAUUUUAGCAGAGUUAAAUACAGUGGAC